AUUCCCUACAAUUUUAUAUAAUUAUUUUUUUUAUUUACUUGAUUAAUGCAAGAAGAUUCCUUCAAUAAUAUUUCCAAACAUGAUUUACACAACGCUAUACGAAAGAUAGUGAGGAGUGACAAUUUAUCGGAUUUGACUGCUGGUGGCGUGCGUAAGAAGUUAUCGGAUUACUUUAAUACACCGAGAGAGUACAUGGACACCAGAGCCCAGGAAGUCAGCUCACUCAUCAACGAAGUUCUCAGAGAAAUCGCCAUCUCCUCAGACAUUACAAGUAACUCCAGUAAUAAUUCUACCGACUCAGUACACGAGGAUGAUUUACUCAAACUUAACACUGAGAACACUAAUCAUAAUAGUACCAUGAAUACCGUCAAAGGUGAUACCACUCUAAAGUCUGAUAGUACCUUAAAGGUAGAUACGGUAAAAUCCGAUGUUAAUGUGAAGACAGAUACGGUAAAAUCUGAUGUUAAGGCGAAGAGUGGGAAGGUUGAAUCACCAGUGAAGAGAGAACGUGAAGAGAGUUUACAAAAUGAGUCAUCGGAAUCCUUUGAACCUCCCAGAAGAGUCUCAAGAUUACAACGUGACAUGAUGACGAAGGAUUUCUUUAUGAAGAAUGCCAAGAGUAUUGAGAUCAAGCUACAGGAAUCCGAUCCCAUUUUCGCAAUCCCGAGACUCUUCUCAACCGGAAGCUGCGGCUGGAAUUGUAAUGGUAAAAUUAAGCUUAAAAUUGGUGAUCAAGACGUCUACUGCCAGGUCGGAUUUAACUGCACCGUGGUUGGAAGUAAGAACUGGGCCGACUAAAAUUUUAUCCCAAACUUUCAAUUUCCAAUUUAAUAAUUUUAAUUUUAAUUCUUUCAAUAUUUUUUCCCAAUUU